AUGGAGGCUAGCCAAUUCGUACAAUCAGUUUACGUGUCGACGGCUGGGAUCAUUUUUCUCGGUACGCCGAACACGACAUCUGAGAUUGCCAACUGGGGCUCAAUGCUGCAGAACCUCCAUUCUACUGUACUCCCUGCCCAGGGCAUGGGGGUAUCCUCACAACUGGGUGCCUCGCUGGCUGCCAACAGUGCACGAAUGGUACAAAUAAUUCGCCAGUUCGAAGAGAUAUCGUCUUCUCGUUUUAUGGUCUCUGCCUUCUCUGAGGCUAGCCUUGAUGAUGGGAGACAGGCAAACUCCAUGGCUGCUAGAGCAUCACCGGGGCUUUUGCAGUCACCGAAUGCUGCAAGCUCAUCGGAUCCUGUAACCGAGGGCCAUAAAAAAAGGUCUCGGCUGGGGAACUUUUUCAAAAAACUGGGACGCAAGCAGAAUGACAAAGGUUCGCAACCUCUUGGAGGUCAUGAUGAUCCAUUUGGGACAUCGUCUGAUGAGGAUGAAACUAUCGUUUGGACCAGUACUGUUACCAAGCAAGUCAAUUUAACGCAAAGUAGUCGCUACGGGGACGACCACGACAUGUUCGCUGGGCCCAGCAAUUUCAAGAGCAUUGAAACAAAUAUCGUUCAGAAAACGUCAGCAACCCCAUAUCUGUCGGGUGUGAAUCGAUGGCGAAUUGAAGCAGACCAUAGGCAUAUUUGCAAGUUUGACAAUGCAGAUUCUCCCGGCUACAAGGCCGUGGCGGGUGCCAUCCUUAAAUUUUCUUUACAAGCACCUGAGACAAUCGCGGCUCGCUGGGCUGACAAAGGAAGAAUUCAUGCUCUUGGGAUUUUUUACAGGAACUCUCCCGGAACUCUCGAGUCAGAUCAGACUACAAAGUCUCCGAUUAAAAAGGCCCAUGUCUCUCAAGUCUUGCCUAGGAGCGAAGGGAUGGCAGUGGACGACGAGCUAGAAGGCCGACAGAGUGGAUCGCCGCUUUCGCGCAGUCCAGAAGUACAGAUUAAAAUUGAGCCACCACCUCCUACGGAUGAGGGUUUCAAUUCCAUGCCCGUUAGCGCGACGGGUCCGAUUUUGGAAGACAAGAAGAACUUUUCGCAACCCAGCAUCAUAGAUUGGUUAAAUGUACAAGAUCAACAUGUGUCACCCAGGACCGAAGUUGGAUGGAGGGAGUAUAUCGAAGGACGCAACCCGAGCGUGGAAAGUAUUACGCCUUCUUCGGCACUGGAUUACGUCCUUGUCACACCUCCAGGCUUCCGUCCUAAUUCUAUCUUCGUUGGCAUGGAGAAAGAGUUGAAAGCCCUAAAUAACUUUUUGUUGCGGCCCGGCCUUCCAAGUCCCAACAAGUCUGUCCUAAUUACCGGUGCUCCAGGAUCUGGCAAAACGCAUCUGGCGAGACAAUACGUCUUCACACAUCGCGAGUCCUAUCCAAAUGGAAUAUUCUGGAUCAAUGCCAGCUCUUACCAGUCAACAUGCGCGGGCUUGAUGCAGAUUGGUAGAGAGACUGGGCAAGUCCAACAUACCACCAAAGCUGGCCAUUCCAACGACUCUGCGGAUCAGGAGUUUGAUUAUAUGCUUAGCGUCCUUGAAUCAAUUACGAGGCUUACAUCCUGUCUUUUAGUUAUUGAUGGGUUGAAACUUAAGGAUGAAGACAAUAUCCACAAGUUCAGAAGCCUUCUACCGAGAAGGUCAAAAGGCAGCGUUCUCUACACGUCGACUGGUGACGAGAUACCUUGGCCACACCUUCCCAAACUACGUCACUUAUCGAUGCCUCGGCUACCAGUUGAAGAUGCUUGUAAGCUUCUGUAUGAGACCCUCGGCAUAGACACACCAACAGAAGAGCAAAUUCGUGGAGCAACAGCCCUCGUGGAACGCUACGACUGUUUACCAUUGGCAGUUCACACUCUAGGCACCCGUCUCAAGGCAGAGGGCAAAUCAAUCGAGGAUAUCAAUAUGGAUGAAUCCACCGAUAGAUAUGAGUCUCGGGGCUUCCUGGCGCUCAUGUCGGAAAUGUAUCGUUUGCAGAAACGUCAGGCUUUGAAUUUGCUUCAUCUACUGUCAUUCUUGCAGAACAGCAUUCCAGUGCGUCUUAUCGAGUUUGGAUGCGACGCAAUGACAGAAGCCGAUUCUGCCGAUAUCUUGACUAGUCCUCGACCUGGGGCGGUCCCUGAUCUUGAAACCACGAUACAAACUUUGAUCCAGUAUGGAUUGAUUGAGCGAGAGAAUGAUACCGAAUUGCAGACUCCCGGAUCACCUCCGUUCAUGAGAGGUUUGUCAGGAGAAACUGGCCCACAAAGUGGUAAUAAGAAUAGCCUACUCUCCGUUACCGAACUGGAAAUCUCAAGGCUUAGAAUCCAUGCCAUCGUGCAGCAUUUCUGCAGGGACGAGGUGCGACGGAAAGAUACCGAUCGUUCGCGGGAGCUACAGCAAAGGGAAAUCGACACACAAGAUGAAGCUGGGUUCUAUGAUACAUGGCUGAUUCUUGCGACUCGCUUCCUCAGCAAAUCCUACCAUACCGCCCAGGAAACUGCGAACAGGCUUCAGCGUCCCCUUGGUUCGGAUGAUUAUAUGGAGUAUGUAGCCCAUGUCGCUCAAUUGACCCAGCUGUUUGAACAGCACAACAAGAACAGACUGAAGCCUCUGCCUUGGUAUAUUGAAGAUGCCCAACGGAACUUGAAAACUCUGGAUAAUGGCAUAUUUCUGGAAAUCAAGGGGUUCAAUCAAGCCCCAUAUCCAGGGUUUGCCAUAAGCCAAAGGUCUAUUUUUGAAAAGGAUCUCGUCUCGAACUCGGCAAACUCCAGACCAGUGGACCGAUUAGAUGCCAUUGAGGUUUUGAUGACCGAAAGCUCCGUUAUUGGGCAUGAUCUCGAUGCUACAGUAGGUUCGGAGUCUCAAUAUGUCUCUGAUCGAGUGUUUUCUGUGGGUCCGCAUUCAACUCUGGACACUCAAACGGCUCCAACGGCUUCAGUCUCGGAGAUGGAGACGGAUGAUCUACGGACAGUAUAUUCCGAUACCCUAACAAUGGAUGGCUCGAUCAAGGAGGCUUAUAUCCAUGAGCUCGCCCAUGAACUUCUCAAAGUCGUUUCUACUUUCCGACUGGACUCCAUAUCUAUGAGGCGUGUCACAGAUGCCAUGCCUGGCUGUCUGAAAGCCUUUUCAUCGAGACUUGGGAGUAGUAGUGUCUCGUCCCAGCAACAGGUCCAUCGAGACGUGACUGUGUUCAUUCACAAAUACAGACAUGACAUAGCCGACGCAUUCAAUAAUUCAUUGGAGGAUCCAUCCACUGAGACAGAGUCCACAGUGGAUGAAAAUAUGCCGCUCAACGAAAAGAUGAACCUCUGGCUGAGCCAUGAUGCGGGCGCCGCUGAAGAAUUACUAUCAGGCUUUGAAGAUGGCGAGGCUGGUCCUGCCGAUCUCCUUGCACUUCUGCUUCCAAUAGUCGAGAUGGGCGAAGAGCCCAAUUCUGAUGCUCAUCAUGUCAUGCCGGGGCUGCAGAAAUACCGCGAAUGUGUUCUCGAGGACCCGGCCUAUGACUGGCUCAUUGGUGAUAUCCAGAGACUCUGUCUUCUCGAACCAUCGAGUCCGGAUACAAUGGCAGAGAUUGGUAGUGCGAUCCUGCAAGGUGUCUUACCCCCGCAGCUCCGUUUCAGCAGACGAGAAUCAGUACCUUCGUAUAAAAUGACGUACUCUCUGGAUUGGGACUUGGUUUCCUUUCUAGAAGACCAGGAAUACAACAAGGACAAUGCUGAAGCACUCCCUUUGGUCAUAACACUUACUGGCUCUCGUGGUGCAGCCCAGGCCCUGACUUGCGCCGAAUAUCUGCGUCAGACCUGGCCGUCAUCUGCAGAUGAGAUGGUCAAGCUACUGCAAGGUCUUCUAAACAGCGAACCAAAGAGUAAGGCCUCGGGCACCCUACCCGAUGGUACACGUCUUUCUGCUUGGUUCGAUUCCUCUGAGGCUUCGAAGAGUUCAAAGAUUAUGGUUGAAGUGAGGGGCUCCGCCUAUACAAUCGCCGAGGUAGGAGAACAGCUCUCAUGGCUAGGAUCGGCUCUUCGAUCUUCGCCUCAAUCUGAUCAAGUCGUAUAUUGUCAACCACAAGUUGGUCAGCUAAGGGCAGUUCAUGAUGAGGGCCAGAACAGCAAGAAGCAACAAGCUACUGAGUUCAGCGCAGAUAUCUCCUUUUUAAUCAAGGGGACACUUGCCUCCAAGAUGAACGGUGAGUGCUGGCACGAUCUCUUCAGGAACGGCGUGGUUGUUGAAGGCUUCCCAAUAUCCCGACGACCUGAAGCAGGUGCGGCGAAAGGCCUUGACAUCCCACUUCCAAUGAUGGCUGGCCUUGCACAAGCAGGUUAUGUUAGCACUUUCCUGGGGAGUGCGAUCAUCAAAGGAUUUUCGUCUAUCCUUAUCCCCACCGAGAAUCAUGAAGAGAUGGUUGUGUGGCAUUUGGUCCAUAAUCAAAAUGGCGAUCGAAUAUCAUAUCUCGACAGCAACGUGCUCCCCGCAAAGGGAAUAUCCACCUUGCAGCUAUCACAGGCACGUCACGUUCUAGGAUGGUGCUCAAAUGCAAGACAUCUUGCAGGGACGCGAGAUGCAGCAUAUGGCAUAUCAGGUUCCCACCUUCCAAGGCUACGUGAAGAUGGACUUCUCAGCCAGGCGUUCAUCUAUAACGGGCAAAUGAUCAAGGGCGGCGCACCCUUCCUGGUGGGAUACAAAGAUACACCUGUUCAUGUUUCGAGAGGUGGUUAUCUACGGAAACUCAAGUGGAUCAUCCAAAAGUCCGUGGUCCUCUGGGACGAAGCGACAAAGCGAGGUUGGCUGCUGAAUGGAGCAAGCGCUCUGCUCCAUCUAGUGCGUGCCUCCAUACAGCAUGACACCACAGGACCCUUCAAUUCGGAGUGUCGUUUCAGGUGGGAGGACUUGGAAGAACCACCAGCUGAAUCAAAAAGCACCUCUGAAUUUGCCAUUGCAAUCCUAUUGAGUCACAGAAAUCGGGGCCUAGCGAUCUUUGAGGGCAAAGACGACUACGUCAAGUUUGAAGAUCGAGUGGAGCACUUUUUGAACAUUCUCGAGCAAAUAUUUGACUACCAGGUACAUGCUGCUGGGCCAGAUGGCAGUGGAUACAGUUCCAAGGGCAUUCCCAGAGCACAUUUCGAGGGCUGGGACUUUCACGAUCUCGCUACUGAGUUAGAUUCACUACACCCACGUCUAGCGACUUUCGCUCCCAAGGGAAAGGCAUGGGUUGAUUUCACACGCUCAAUACAUGCGAUAAAUCUUCUCGGUCGCGAUUUCGGUGAGAUUCUGGCUCCGUCAGACGUUUCUUGUCCCCACUGGGCCUCGCUUCCCAAGCAUGAGUACUAUCUUGCCGCCGGAGUUUCCGAUUUGAAGAUGGUUCUGGAGUAUACGGGUGAUUUAACGACAAAUCCCAUACGUCUCAGCGAAAACCUUGUGUGGCACAACCCAGAUAUGGUCUUCGAGCCAUGUGGUUGCGCUGAUGCCGCCGCAGAUCAUUCCGAUAUCGCACAGGUGAUACUGCCGGCCGCUUUGUCAACUCAAUCAGAAGGAUGCCUGGAAGCUGUCAAUUUGGCACACGAUGGGGCGGUGGUCUUUGGAUAUAAUCGCAACUUCCAGUGGCGAUGGGGAGAUUCCGGGGAUCCGGAAAGGGACGAAAUCGUCAACAAUGAAGGCAAUCAGUUACCCCCAACAAGCGAUGCCGAAAACACGACCAGCAAUACGCUUUCGGUGGGUUCUGAAAGUGAUGAACUUGACGUAUCGAGCUCGCAAAUCCCUUCAACGUCAACCGAUAUCACGAUUGACAGCAUCGCUGUUGACAGCAUCACAGUUGAGAAUGGACCUGUACAUCCAAAACCGCUGGUCCGAUCAUACACCAAGUGGCAAUUGGAGUCAUUCAAGCCCGAAGACUACGCUGUCGGCAUCUCAUUAUUCGCACAAUUCUAA